AUGAAGAAUUUUGGACAUACACAGAGUAAUUCAGAUCACACUAUGUUCUUGAAGCGUGAUGAAGGAAAACUUACUAUAUUGAUUGUUUAUGUAGAUGAUAUAAUCGUAACUGGAAACGACGCAGAAGAGCAACUGAAGUUGCAAAAGUAUUUGUCUCAGGAAUUUGAGAUGAAAGAUUUAGGUGAUUUGAAGUACUUUCUUGGAAUCGAAGUAGCAAUGUCAAAAACUGGUAUAUUUUUGUCUCAAAGGAAGUAUGUAAUGGUUCUACUCUCUGAAAUAGGAAUGCUUGGAUGUAAGCCUGCUGACACACCUAUUGAGAUGAAUCACAAAUUGUGUGAAGACAUGGACCAAGAAUCAACCAAUAAGGAACAGUACCAACGCCUUAUUGGAAGGUUUAUAUACCUGGCACACAAAAGACCAAAUAUUGCAUACGCUGUGAAUGUGGUUAGUCAGUUUAUGCAUUCGUCCAGCAUCAGAUAG